UUCUCGAUUUUUCAAGUAAAAAAUCGAUCCGGAGAAAAAUCAUACAAUAGAGAAUCGAUUCAAAAGAUCGAUCUUUUGAUGAAAAGAAUCGAAUCGGAAUCGAAUAUUGCUAAUGCAACAAGUACAUGUCAUUUGUAAUAAAUACGGAUGUAUGCGUAAGAUGAAAAAUAAUUUCUAAAUUUCUAAAUUAACAAUAAAAUAAAAAAAAAAAAACAAUCCAAUUAAUUGUGAAAAUUAUAAAACGGCGUAUAAUUAAUAUACUUCGUGCGACGAAUCAGUACAAUAAGAAAAUCCAUCAUUUAUGAAUAUUAUAGGCAAAAUUCACUUUGUCUUUUUCAUCUCUUUUCAUUUUUCUAAAUUACUUUUAGGCAUGGCUGCUAGAAAUUUUUUAUUAUUUAAUAAGCAAAAUAUCAAGAUAAGAAUUGCAAAAAGAAAGAUUAUUACAAUGUUCGAGUAACAAGCAUUAUAUAUCAAGUAACAUAUACAUUUCUUAAGCUAUUUCUUUAAUUCGUUUGUUAAAGAUUCGUUUACGAAUAUGUAAUGUCAGAACGCGGUUUAUUCCUUUGUUCCGGUGUCUUAUUUAAUAGCGUUUUAUCUUAAGAAAAACAAAUAUAACGAUGCGAGAAGAUAAAAUGUUUAAUCAGUGCUACCGACAAAGCCAAUUAGAUCGUUAUAAAUAUCAUUUAUAACCUUGCCUCCAAUUUAAUCUGUAGUAGACGAACGUCAGGAGAAUAAUACAGGAGAACUUUGUAAAAGUGCUGAUGUUUAUAAUUCUCAUGCUAAAAUAUUAACAAGUUAAUACAUUAUUAAAAUUAAAAGUGCCAAUGAAACUUUAUAUAUAUUAAAGUAUAUAACUAAAAAUGAAGUUUGCAGAACAUCUAUCUGCUCAUAUUACGCCUGAAUGGCGUAAGCAGUAUAUUAGUUAUGAGGAAAUGAAAGCAAUGCUUUAUACUGCAGUGGAGGAGGCACCUUCUUCAGAAAGUGUAGAACCAGAAGUGAUACAAAGGCACUUUGCUUCCUUCGAUGAAGUAUUUUUUACAUUUUGUGAUCGUGAAUUGAAAAAAAUUAAUACUUUUUAUUCUGAAAAAUUAGCAGAAGCAACACGUAAAUAUGCAGCAUUACAAAAUGAAUUGAAAACUGCUUUAGAAUUGCAACAUGGCAGUGGCAAAAACAAAGGAAAACCUAAUACCAAACCUUAUCUACCUACAAGAAAAUUAAGAGAAUUGAAACUUGCAUUUUCAGAGUUCUAUCUUUCUCUCAUACUUUUACAAAACUACCAAAAUCUUAAUUAUACUGGAUUUCGUAAAAUUCUUAAAAAGCAUGAUAAGUUAUUGUCUGUGGAUAGUGGUUCAAAAUGGAGAGUAGAAUGUGUAGAAAUAGCUCAUUUCUAUACUUCAAAAGAUAUAGAUAAACUUAUACAAGAAACAGAGGCAACCGUAACAAAUGAUCUUGAAGGUGGUGAUAGGCAACGUGCUAUGAAAAGACUUCGUGUGCCACCUCUAGGUGAACAUCAGAGCCCGUGGACUACUUUUAAAGUGGGAUUAUUUUCUGGAAGUUUUAUAAUCCUGUUUAUAGCUGUUGUUCUCUCAGCAAUAUUCCAUGAGAGUGGAGAAAAUUUGAAAGUAGCAUUUCGUUUGUACAGAGGACCAUUGCUUAUCAUUCAAUUUUUAUUUCUCAUUGGUGUUAAUGUUUAUGGUUGGAGAUCCUCAGGGGUAAAUCAUGUCUUAAUAUUUGAAUUGGAUCCACGAAAUCAUCUCUCCGAACAACAUCUUAUGGAAUUGUCUGCAGUACUUGGAGUAGUAUGGACAUUAAGUCUAUUAAGUUUCCUUUACAGUGCUAGUCUUAGUAUUCCGCCAUAUGUAAAUCCUUUAGCUCUUGUCUGUCUUAUGCUGGCAUUUUUUCUGAAUCCAUUCAAGAUCUUCCGCCAUGAAGCACGUUUUUGGUUACUCAAAAUCAUUGGUCGUGUUUUGGUAUCCCCAUUUGCAUACGUUAAUUUCGCAGAUUUUUGGUUAGCUGAUCAAUUAAAUAGUUUGACUACCGCUCUAUUGGACUUUCAUUUUUUAACAUGUUUUUACAUCACGAAUGGUAAUUGGCUUGAAGCAGGGAACACAAAGCAAUGUACAUCAGGAUCUUUGAUCCUCAGACCUAUUGUUAAUUGUCUACCGGCUUGGUUUCGUUUUGCACAAUGCUUACGAAGGUAUCGUGAUUCCAAAGAAGCAUUUCCGCAUUUAGCAAAUGCUGGAAAAUAUUCAACUACCUUUCUAGUUGUUAUAGCUAAUACAUUACAUAAUUAUCAUCAAGAUGAAUAUAGUAAUCAGUGGGAGAAUCCAUGGUUAUGGUCUUGGGUGGCAAGUUGCGUUGUUAAUUCAGUAUAUUCUUAUACAUGGGAUCUUAAGAUGGAUUGGGGUCUUCUAGAUAAUAAUGCUGGUGAAAACCGAUUUUUAAGAGAGGAAGUUGUUUAUUCUGCAGCGGGCUUUUAUUAUUUUGCGAUAAUAGAGGAUUUUGUGUUAAGAUUCAUAUGGGUCGCAAGUUUCAUUUUAAUACAAUGCGGACAUAUUUCCAAUGACUUAAUGACAUCUAUAGUUGCACCUCUUGAGGUUUUUAGGCGUUUUAUUUGGAAUUUCUUUCGAUUGGAGAACGAGCACUUGAAUAAUUGUGGUAAAUUUCGUGCUGUACGCGACAUUUCCAUAGCACCAAUCGAAAGUUCUGAUCAAACGCAAAUUCUUCGUAUGAUGGAUGAUGAAAAUGGUGUACUAAACAGAGGUAAACGUAAAGGUGGUGGUAAAAAGCAAGUAAAUACCAAGGAAGAAAAGAGAGCAUUGCUUAAGGAAACUAUUGAUAUUGAUAUUUCGAAUGCUAGUUAAAAUUAGUAAGUACAAGAUGUAUAAAAAUAUAUGUAUAUUUGUAUAGAAUAUUGUAUAUGCAUCUUAGAAUAGAUAGCAUUUUGUAGAGUUUCUUGAACUAUGGAUGAUUAAGCAAUAUUAAUUUGAUUUUAUAUAAAACGUUAUAUCUACAGUAUACGUACAUAUAUAAAUAACAUAAUUGAAGACUACAAAGGUAAUGCAAUGCGUGUUAUGUGCCUUUUGUAUUAUUCCUAUAAAAUAUUCUCUAUUAACGUGUAAAUACUUAAUGGGACAUGUCAUAAUAUUUUAUGAGUCAAGAGUCUUCCACUAUAAGAAUUUAAAAGGCACUUUAGAACAUGAUGGAUUUAUAUUAAUUUGUUAAUUUUCAUCUAGUGAGUACAAUCUUCGAUAUUUAUUAACAUAUACAUGCAUAAGUUUAAUUAAAGUUAUAUUAAAAUUUAAAGUGAAAGAGAAGUGAGCUCAUUCCAAAUGUUUGCGUUCCAAUCCCUUUUUCAUAUUCUAUGCAUAUGUAUAUGUAUAUAUAUAUAUAUAAUAAUAUUCGCAUACAUUACACAUUCAAUAUAAAAAUAUAUGUUAAUAGUUUAAUAAUAAGGGUACCUUUUAUAUAAUCUGUUUAAAAUAUACAAAUACGCUUAAUGGUAAAUAAUUAAAUUUAAAUUCCAUAAAGGACAUAAACAUUAGUAUGUACAAAUUAUAAAUAAAUUAUGCAAUUAUAGGUUUAAUUACAUUAUUUACAUUAUGAUCAGCUAAAUAGUACUUUAAAUAGUAAGACAAUAUUAUAGACAAUUUUGUUUAAUAUUAUUCUUUACUGUAACAAAUUUCAAAAAGCUCAAUAUUACUUGUUUGAAACAUUGAAAAAAGCAUGAUAACUUAUCAAUAAUAAAUGCUUGUGAUUAACCAAACUAAAAAUUAAAAUCUAUGUAUAAUCAUCGUUGAUCUUUUAAAAAUUACUGCAUUUAUAACAAAGUGUACUUAUCGAAUUUGCACAAAAUUUGCUUAAAAAUUUUAUUGAACGAAUAAUUGGAUUUUUAUUAUUUUGUAUUUUUUUGAUUCAUAAAAUUAUAUUAAAUCAAUGUUAAUUUUAUUUUUUAGUUAAAAAGAAUUACUAAAAACUUCAGAUUUUAUUAGUGUAUUCAAAUUUAUUAAUAUAUACAGAUUUAUUAAUGUAUUUGAGAGUUAAUUAAUGUAUAAGAGUAGAUAAAUUGUAUGUUAUUGUAUAAAGUAUAAGCUAUUGUAAUAUUACAUUUAUACAUACAAAAGGUAGUUUAUAUAUUAUAAUGAUUUCAUUUAUUUUAUUUUUUUUCAACAUGCGAUAUUAAAUGAUUUGAAUUAAAUAACAUAAAAAAUAAGUUUUGAUACAAAAGCAACUCCAGAUGUGAAAUAAAAUAAUGAAAAUAUUUUUGCUUGUUUUUAAAUAUAUAUAGAAUUAUAUAAAAGGUAUAAAUUGAUUUAUAAAUUAUACCUUUGUCUACAAUAGUUUUAGUUUCAAUGAAUUUCAAUUAUUUCUUAUAAAUUGGGUAUUAUAAUCUGAUCAAUGUAAUUAUUUUAUAUCUAUUUCUAUAUAUAUUGUUGUAUCAACAAUUGACAUAUGUUGUAUUAAAUAAAUGUCACAUUACUUUCCUCUGCCACUCAAUAUCUACGUCACAUGUCACAUGACAUGAAUUAUACCUUAUGAUAUGUUGUCACGUCUUUAGCUUAACCCUAACGCUACUUUUCUUCACUACACAUGUUUUUUCCAUUUUUUCCUUUAUGGCAACGGAGCAUAAGCAUAAUUCCUGUUACGUGAUGCGAGUGACGUAAAAGUGGCAGUGGAGCUAAUAUGACGUCAUGUAUUCCCUUGUGAAGGAACUCUCCCCAUUAACUAUGGUUCUGACUCAAAUAUUCUUAUAUGAUACGAUUUUUUAACUGUAUCAAUAAUUUUGUCGAAUCGGAGUCAAUAAAUUGUGAUGUUUAUACAG